AUGGCUGCAUCCAGCAGACAGCAAUGGAUGCGCUGCGUGCGGAGCCUGGGAGUCGUUAUUAGCAACACCGGCUCACGGCCAGUCGUGAACCAUUCCCGGCCUCUCACCUCCCUCGCCGACGCUCCCGCUCGCCAUGGCCUUCCCAGCAUGCUGGGAGCUUUCUCCGCUCGCUCCACCGGCAUGGCGGCCGAGAUUCGUGCCAGGAAUGCCGCUCAAGGGUUCCGUUCCAUCUCCGUCGACGCAUUGAAGCCUAGCGACACUUUCCCUCGCCGUCAUAACAGCAUCACCCCUCCAGAGGCCCAAGCCAUGGCCGAGUUUUGCGGCUUCGAAUCCGUCGAUGCUCUCGUCACUGCGACCGUUCCGAAGGACAUCAGACGCCAGCCGAUGCAGCUGGGCAAGUACACGGAGGGAUUUCCGGAAAACGAGAUGCUCGAGCGCUUUAAAGACAUGGCUUCUAAGAACAAGGUUCUCAAGUCAUUCAUCGGCAUGGGUUACCACGGAACCAUUGUCCCGCCGGUCAUUCUUCGUAACUUACUUGAGAAUCCCGGCUGGUACACCCAGUACACUCCGUACCAGGCGGAAAUCGCCCAGGGACGUCUGGAAUCGCUCCUCAACUUCCAAACCUUGAUUACUGACCUCACGGCAAUGCCGAUGUCUAAUGCGUCUCUGCUUGAUGAAGGAACCGCAGCAGCGGAAGCCAUGGCCAUGUGCCUCAACAUCAGCCGAGGGAAGAAGACCAAAUUCUACAUCUCCAACCUGUGCCACCCGCAGACCAUCGACGUGUGUCUGACACGCGCGGAUGGGCUUGGGAUCGAAGCCAUUGUCGGCGACCACACGAAAUUCGACUACUCCAAGAAGGACGUCUGCGGCGUGCUUGUGCAGUACCCUGCGACGGACGGCACCCUGAUCGACUACUCCGAUUUCGUCGUCAAGGCUCACGAAAACGGUGCGAAGGUCGUCAUGGCGACGGAUCUGCUCGCGCUGACGGUCGUCCGGCCGCCCGGCGAGCUCGGCGCGGAUAUGGUGGUCGGUUCGGCACAGAGGUUCGGCGUGCCGAUGGGGUACGGUGGUCCCCACGCGGCGUUCCUAGCCACGUCAGCGGAGUAUAAGCGACUGAUGCCUGGGAGGAUUAUCGGAGUGAGCAUUGACGCGCAGGGGAAUCCGGCUCUGCGCAUGGCGAUGCAGACGAGGGAGCAGCACAUUAGGCGAGACAAGGCCACCAGCAACAUUUGCACGGCGCAGGCGCUCCUCGCCAACAUGGCCGCGAUGUACGCCGUGUAUCACGGCCCCGCGGGUCUCAAGGACAUCGCGAACCGCGUGCACGGGCUCGCGGCGGUCUUCGCCAAGGGCGUGGAGAUGGCUGGCGCCGGCACCGUCGCCAAGGAGCCGUUCUUCGACACGGUGAAGGUGACCGUUGGCGGCGGAAAGGCUGCUGACGUGGCGGCUGCUGCGGUGAAAGAGGGGAUGAACCUGCGCGUGCUGGACGCUGACACGAUCACUGUUGCGUUCGACGAGACAAGCACCAUUGCUGACGUGGACGCUCUCCUGAAGGUCGUGGCCGGGAAGCAGCCUGCCUUCACAGCGGAGUCCAUUGCUCCGCAAGUGGACGCAGCUCUGCCCAAGUCGCUGGAGAGGGAGAGCGCCUUCCUCACUCACCCCAUCUUCAACGCCUACCACUCAGAGCACGAGUUGCUGCGCUACCUGCACCGCCUGCAGGCGAAGGACUUGUCCCUCGUGCACUCCAUGAUCGCCCUCGGCUCCUGCACCAUGAAGCUCAACGCCACGGCCGAGAUGAUCCCCAUCACAUGGCCUGAGCUCGCCAACAUCCACCCCUUCGCACCCCUCGACCAGACCAACGGCUACCAGGAGAUGUUCAACGACCUGGGCGCCAUGCUGGCGGAGAUCACCGGCUUCGACUCCGUCUCCCUGCAGCCCAACGCGGGUGCUGCUGGCGAAUACGCAGGGCUCAUGGCCAUCCGCGCUUACCACCAGUCCCGUGGCGACCACCAUCGCAACGUGUGCAUCAUCCCUGUGUCAGCGCACGGCACCAACCCUGCGAGUGCAGCCAUGUGUGGGAUGAAGAUUGUCGCAGUGGGCACGGACGACAAGGGCAACGUGAACAUCGCUGAGCUGAAAGCGGCUGCUGAGAAGCACAAGGACGACCUCGCGGCCCUCAUGAUCACGUACCCAUCGACCCACGGCGUGUACGAGGAGGGUGUUGACGAGAUUUGCCGCAUCAUCCACGCCAAUGGCGGCCAAGUGUACAUGGAUGGCGCCAACAUGAACGCCCAGGUCGGCCUCACCAGCCCCGGGCACAUAGGAGCGGACGUGUGCCAUCUCAACCUGCACAAGACCUUCUGCAUUCCCCACGGAGGGGGCGGUCCCGGCAUGGGCCCCAUUGGCGUCAAGGCACACCUCGCCCCCUUCCUGCCUUCCCACCCUGUGGUCCCCACUGGAGGCAUCCCCCCUCCCCCUCCCGGCUCGGUCGGCAAGCAGAUGGGCGCCAUUGCCGCUGCCCCCUGGGGGUCUGCGCUCAUCCUGCCCAUCUCCUUCAUGUACAUCGCCAUGAUGGGCGCCCAAGGGCUCACUGAUGCUUCACGACUCGCCAUCUUGAACGCCAACUACAUGGCCAAGAGGCUGGAGAACCACUACCCUGUGCUGUUCAGGGGCGCCAACGGCACUUGCGCUCACGAAUUUAUCAUCGACCUCAGGGGAUUCAAGGGCACGGCACACAUUGAGCCAGAGGACGUGGCAAAGCGGCUGAUGGACUAUGGCUUCCACGCACCCACCAUGUCAUGGCCCGUGCCCGGCACUCUCAUGAUCGAACCCACUGAGUCUGAGAGCAAGGCCGAGCUGGACCGUUUCUGUGAUGCAAUGAUUGCGAUCCGGGAGGAGAUCCGAGCCAUUGAGGAGGGGCGGGCUGACAAGGCUAACAACACGCUCAAGAAUGCCCCCCACCCCGCCUCUGUGGUGAUUGCUGAUGAGUGGACCAAGCCCUACCCACGUGAGCAAGCAGCCUUCCCUGCUCCUUGGGUUCGAGCUGCCAAGUUCUGGCCCACCACAGGGCGCAUCGAUAAUGUGUAUGGUGACCCUUUGCUUGCUGCUGCUGGUGUUUCUGCAGCGGUAGUUUCCGCUGCAAUCAAGCAGUAUCCACUCCUAGCAGCCUUAGGACAUAGCUCUGGGUUUACCACCUCGUUGGUCAACAUGUUCUGGCGAGUAGCGGGCCUCGCUGCAACCUCACCGGUUGAUUUAAUUCUUGACAGAGAUCAGUAUACCCUUGAGGAGUUACUGGACGAGGAUGAUCUUAUUCAGGAAUGCAAGUCUCUGAACAACCGGCUUGUAAACUUCCUUAAAGGGAAGCCGCAAGUUGAGAAGAUGAUCCGAUAUGUGGUGGAGGCACCUCCCGACGAUGGAGAUGCUAAGCGGACAUUCAAAUUCCCGUUUAUCUCGUGCGAAGUCUUUACAUGCGACAUUGAUCAGAUAUUAACGACAGUGGUCGAGGAAGAAGAGAUUAUGGAUCUGCUUUUCUCCUUCACAAAUCCAGAUCGCUCGCACUCGAACCUUCUUGCAGGGUACUUCAGCAAGGUGGCUGUCUCGCUUCUUAUUCGAAAAACUCCUGAAGUGAUGUCGUACCUUCAGAGGCAUCCAGAGGUUCUGGAUAACCUGAUUCGACUGAUUGGGAUCACUUCCGUAAUGGAGGUCGUGAUGAAGCUUGUGGGAGCAGAUGAUCAAAUCAUGAUGUAUCAUUCCGACAAACUGGAAUGGCUGGCUGAGACGAGCCUACUGGACACAUUGCUGUCCCAGCUUAGUGCUCAGAGCUCUUCAGAUGUUCAUGCGAACGCGGCCGAGUGCCUGUCGGCCAUCGCGAGAACAGCCCCAUCCGCAUUGGCCGCUCAGUUGUCAACCCCCAAGUACAUUGGGAAGUUUUUCGAACAUGUGCUGGAAGGCCCGAGAUCGAUGACAUCCGUCAUCAACUCCCUGUCCGUUUGCAUCACGUUACUCGACCCAAAGCGUGCUCCGCCUCCUGGCGUCAUGCGCAACCAGCUACAAUAUCAGCUGCAGACCCAGCAGUAUCAGCAGCAGCAGCAAGUGAUCUCUGUGGAGACUGUUGAAGGGAUGGUUCAGCGACUGGGCGAGCUAAUUGGCAUUCUAGACCUUUCAAACGACGACAAGGUUCUCCCGACAACCUAUGGAGAGCUACGGCCGCCACUUGGCAUUCACCGUCUCAAGAUUGUGGAGUUCAUUGGGGUGCUUCUUGGCACCAACAGCGAGCUUGUGCGCCAGGAGCUUGUGAGGCUAGGCGGCGUGCGCACCUGUUUGGAUCUCUUUUUCAGAUUUCACUUCAACAACUUUUUGCAUCACCACGUGGAGAGGAUGGUAAUGGCCAUUCUUGAGAGCGGCAGCUCGUUGCUGCUGGAGCAUCUCUUCGUGGAGUGUGACAUCCUCAACCGGAUCAUGACCGCCUAUGACGACCCCCAUGCGCCAGAUUCACGCCCAGAGCCGCGAUCUGCGUCAGCGAGAGUGCCUGCACGGAGCGGGUACAUGGGUCACCUGACGAGAAUAGCCAACAGGAUCUGCCAGUUGGCAGCGUCAAACUCUCAGAUCGAGGCUCACGUUCAGGCGAAUCCACGGUGGGCGGAUUGGCAGAAGAACGUUCUCAGAAAACGACUUUUGCUCGAGAAUGUCUACCAGUGGUCUUGCGGCCGACCAGCAGCGCUGGACGACCGGCCAGGCGACAGUGACGACGAUGAGUUCAACAGCCGCGACAGGGACUUUGACAUCUCCACCAUCUCGCUCACAGGGGGCUCGAACGCCAACAGGAGCUACCAAUACGCUUAUGGGCAGUCGCUGCUUGACUCAGACGAUGUGGAAGAGGGCCACGAGCUCAGGGAUCCCUAUGACGUGGAUCUGGUUAAGGCAGAACAAGAAAUCGAGACCUUGGCCCUCACUGAGAAUGCACCCACAAGUGGGGCGUCUGAGCUGCUGCCCACGCCUGCUGCUGAGGAGCCGGACAAGCCUCUGUCCAGUGACAAGCCCGAGGGUGAAGACGCUGCAGAUGAAGAGGAGGAGGAAGGCUCCGAGCAGACUGGCACUGAUGAAUCCGGUUUCAAGCCGUUGCUGCUGGACGGUCCCAGCAGCCUGUUCACAUCAUCAGAGGCAGCACAAACCGCAUGGGUGGCGUUUCAAGAGGAGCAGCAGCAGAUGGCCGCAGUGGGUGAUGGUGGAGAGAAUAUGGCGGGACUAGCUGAAGCGGCAGCCGAAGGGGCGGCUGAAGGGAUAUCAAAAGAUGCAGCUGCAGGGGAAGGUGAAGUGGCAGUGGUAGCCGCUGCAGCUGUAGAUGAAGCAUCCGAAGUUACAAGAAGCAGUGAAAGUUCUGGUGCUGUUGCUGUCACUGAUACGGAUGUUGCUGCCACAAACACUGACAAGUCUUCUGGGGUUGAUGCAGCAGAGAUCAUUGAGGGGUCAGUCAGCGUUGAAGCAGUCACUCAAGAAUUGAGUGUUGAGUCAGGAAGCACCCAGCAGGCUGUGGACGUUUUUGAGAAUUCGCCCGUUGUUGCAGCUUCCAUGCCAGAGGCAAUAACAGAAGAAACUUCUGCUGCUCAAUCUGACAACGUCGCAACUGCUCCACUCACAGAUGCUUCAACAGGCACACCAACUGACACCACGCUAGAAGCAGGGCAGCAAGACUCUCAGGGAGGUAGCAGUGAAGGGCAGUCAGGAGCAGAAGCUGAUAGCAGUGGAGUUGCUGCUGUUGCAGCUGUUGUGUCGACAUCAGGAAAUGCUUCAUUCGAGGUCCAACCAGGUUCAGCAAAUAGCGAGGCGUCUGCUGCGGAUAGUGAAUCGGCGCAAUGA